ACUUGUGAAACCAAAACAGUAAAACCGCUCUGUGACAACACUCAAGUGCGAUAACGUGCGAACUUUUUACCUACCAUGAACACCUUUCGGACGUCGUUCCCGGUCGUGAGCCGGGAACUGCUCAACUGGUUCCCCGGUCACAUGGGCAAAGGCAUUAAGCAGAUGCAGCAAAAGCUAAAGCAAGUGGACUGCGUAAUCGAGGUGCACGAUGCGAGAAUCCCCCUAUCCGGCCGGAACUCCGAAUUCCGGUACACGAUCAGUGGUGUGAAGCCACACAUACUGGUGCUAAACAAGAAGGACAUGAUCGAUCGACGAUCGCAGGCCAGGAUCAUUGACCGGCUGCAGUACAAGGAUUCCGAGGCACGGCACGUGCUGUUCACCAACUGCAAAGAUCAGUCAUGCAACGGCAUCCGAAAGGUUAUGCCCCUGGCCCAAGAUCUCAUCCUCGGCUCCAAUCGCUUCAACCGAGCGGACCAAAAAGAGUACUGCAUCAUGAUCAUCGGCGUCCCGAAUGUAGGCAAAUCUUCCCUAAUUAACGUGCUCCGAAAUCGUCACCUGAACAAACGGGGAGCAUCCCAGGUCGGUGCCGUGGCAGGAAUCACCCGCAGCCUACUACACAAAAUCAAAAUCUGCGAAGACCCGCUCGUUUACCUGCUAGACACACCCGGUAUUCUGGCACCGAACAUUGCGGACACCGCAACCGGCCUCCGACUGGCACUGGUUUCCUGCCUACAAGAUCACCUGGUCGGUGAAGAACUGAUAGCGGACUAUUUGCUCUACCUCAUGAACAAACGGGGGAACUUCAAAUACGUCGAACUGAUGGGUCUGCAGGAGCCUACCGAUUCGAUUGCCGAGGUGCUCAUAGCCGGGUCCAAGCACCUGGAUAAGACCGUUCGAAUCCGUCACUACGAUGGAUCAUUCGUGAUACGACCGGAUGCUAUGCUCGCUGCGAGGCACAUGAUCAAAGCCUUCCGGACCGGUGCCUUCGGCAAGAUACUCAUCGAUGAAGAUAAGCUUGUGUAGUUUUCUUGUGU